UCCAUGUGGGAAUCGAACCAGCGACCCUGUUGCUCAGAGCUCUCGCUCUUAACCAACUGAGCCACUAGGCAGGCCCCAUCUGGGAUAGUCAUUCUUUUCCUAAAGCUUUUGUCCUAAAAGAACCCUGUGGUAUAUAGAAUAGUGUUAUUCCUUCUUCUCCUUGUCCCUCUAGCUUGGGUACUGCCCAUGGCACCGGGAAAAUGAGUUUAAGAUAAAAAUGAAAUUUUUGUUCCCUUACUUUAAUGCCUGCAGCAUGAAGCCAAUUCAUAGCAAUGUGGAAUUUUCUGGUCUUUAAGAUCUCAUUAUGCAAGUAAAGGAGGGAAAGGAGGAAGACAGAAUGCUUACAAAUUCCUGGGGGUGUGUGUGACCUCAUCACUUAUUGUAUGUUGGCCAACUGCCCAAGGAGCACAGUUCAGAUUCCUUUUGGGGGAGGCACUGAAAAUCCCCUGAUAACCCAAAUUCUCCAAAUCUUUUAGGCUUUGAGAUGGAUUCAGGACCAGAUGAAGGAAGUGGUCCUAGGUCCAAGUUAUGUUUCCCAUUAGGAAAAUUCUAAUCAGGAUUAGAUUCUGAUUAGAAUUCCUAGAUGGUCUUGGGAAGUGUGGAAGUUCCAUUUAACAGGCUCCGGCAGGAUUUGAAGGAAUUGAAUGGAUAAGGAUGGGUAGUUUGGGGAGAGGAUGCAGUGGGUUGGAGAUGAUAUCUUGGGAUGUGUACUCCAAAGGUACAUACAUAUGGGAUAUGUACAUAUGGGUACAUAUUGGGAUAUACAAACAAGAGGUCAAAAGCCACAGGAGUGUUGUCCAUCAAGCACUUCCAUAUUUAAUGGCCUUUCCAGUCCUAUAGGCAUUUUAUGGACCAGGAACUUCCCAGUACUAGCACGGGCAGAGCCACCCUCAGGGCCUCUGCCAGCCCCUAGGAUGCUUUUGGGAGAAUUUGAAAAAAACUCCCAAAUUGGGGAAUGAGGCACAUGAUGGAUUUCAGAUCACACCUGUCCCUUGGGUGGGGUACAGUGCUGUGGGGAUCCUGCCGCACAGAAAAGACCUGCUUGGGUGCAGGCUGGCCAUGGUCUCAUAUAUGAUCUGGGAUUCAGCCUUUUCAUCUGGAAAAGGUGAAAUUGUAUUACAUCUACCCCAGCUCCUCUCCGGGUCAGAUGCCUCAUGCAUCUGUGAUUCUAGGGACAACUUCUCACCCAAAUUGAGAGCUUCCCGCAUUUCCAGUUACUUCUCACCUUGGAGACAGCUGGAGAGGUAGGGGCUGGAGGUGAAAGGGGGAGAGGGUUCUGGGGAAGCCCGGGUGUGCAAUGGUUUGGUCCAAAGCGCCCUGGACAAGGAGUGCAUGCAUAUUUUUCUGGCGUAACUCUUUUGAGUCUCAGUUUCCGUCUCUGAAAUAUGGGAAUGAUACAGCCUAAUCAAAGAGAGCAAUGUUAGGAUUAAACAAUUUUGCCAGGUGAAAUUACGAGGCACGGAGUGGAUACUCCAUAAUAAGCAUUUGCGGCCCCGAAGAGGGGUUGGCUGGGAAGGUUCUAAAGAUUGUGUGUGCAGGGACCCAGGCGCAAGGUCUGGCUUGCAAGGCAUGCGGCUUCUGGGACUCCCAGCGGAACUCAAACCCCAGCUCUACGGCCACUGCCGCCUCCUCCGCCCGGGCCGCCGAGGGUUAAUGAGAAAGCCCCACGCCCCCUUUGACGGCGCAGAGCCCACCUCGCUGAAUUUGAAAAGGCAGCCCUGGAGAGGCGUGGGCGCCCCCCAGACACUUUCAGCUCGGACCCGGGCUCUGCUCGCUCGCCGGCUCGCUUGCUCUGCUCCGGGCGGGGCCGCGGGUUCGGUCCGGCCGCCGGUGCGCUCCCGACUGUCCUCCCGCCCGGGACUCCGGGCCCCCGCAGGCGGCCGCGCAAGAUGAAGCUGGCUCUCCUCUUGCCCUGGGCGUGCUGCUGCCUCUGCGGGUCGGCGCUGGCCACCGGCUUCCUCUACCCCUUCCCGGCCGCAGCCCUGCAGCAGCACGGCUACCCCGAGCCGGGCGCCGGCUCCCCCGGCAGCGGCUACGGGGGCCGCCGGCACUGGUGCCAUCACACAGUGACACGGACGGUGUCCUGCCAGGUGCAGAACGGCUCGGAGACAGUGGUCCAGCGUGUGUACCAGAGCUGCCGGUGGCCCGGGCCCUGUGCCAACCUUGUGAGGACUCUGAUUAGACCCACAUACAGAGUGUCCUACCGAACGGUGACGGCGCUGGAGUGGAGGUGCUGCCCUGGCUUUACUGGGAGCAACUGUGAUGAGGAAUGCAUGAACUGUACCCGGCUCAGCGACAUGAGUGAGCGGCUGAUCACGCUGGAGGCCAAGGUUCUCCUACUGGAAGCAGCGGAGCGACCCUCAAGUCCGGACAAUGACCUGCCAGCCCCCCAGAGCACCCCACCACCCUGGAAUGAAGACUUCCUCCCUGACGCUAUCCCCCUGGCACACCCGGGGCCCCGGAGAAGGCCCACAGGCCCGGCUGGCCCCCCGGGGCAGACAGGACCACCAGGGCCUGCAGGCCCCCCAGGCUCCAAAGGUGACCGGGGCCAGGCAGGAGAGAAAGGCCCAGCAGGGCCUCCUGGUCUGUUGGGGCCGCCUGGGCCCCGCGGACUUCCUGGAGAGACGGGGCGCCCCGGGCCCCCUGGCCCCCCCGGCCCAGCAGGCAGCCCGGGCCUCCCUCCAAAUGGCCCUCAAGGCGUCCUCUACUCUCUGCAGCCACCUACCGACAAGGACAAUGCAGAUUCACAGCUGGCUUCUGCCGUGGACACAGUGCUGGCAGGGGUCCCAGGGCCCCGGGGUCCCCCCGGCCCUCCAGGUCCCCCCGGACCACAUGGUCCCCCAGGACCCCCAGGUGCACCUGGAUCCCAGGGCCUGGCUGGAGAGCGGGGCAUGAUGGGGCCAUCUGGUGAGCCUGGCGGGAAGGGGGACGAAGAGGAGAAAGCUGCCGCAGAGGGCGAGGGGGUGCAGCAGCUGCGGGAGGCCCUCAAGAUCCUGGCGGAGAGAGUCCUCAUUCUGGAGCACAUGAUUGGGAUCCAUGAUCCCCUGGCCUCCCCCGAGGGGGGCUCUGGCCAGGAUGCCGCCCUGAGAGCCAACCUCAAGAUGAAGCGUGGUGGCGCCCCACCUGAUGGUUCCCUCGCUGCCCUGCUUGGCCCCAGCCCUGUGCAGAAGAGCACUGGCCAGGCCAGUGCGGGGAAGUAAGGGCCCAGCUCUCCAGGACAAGCCUGGCCCCACCAGAGACCCAGCCAGCCCUGAAGCCUGUGCUGCCACUGGUUCCUGAAGGCCCCCAGUGGGACUGGGCUCCAGGCAUAGACAAUCAUGAGCGACAUUGGGGCUUGGGGACAGAUGGAAUCUCCAGGGGCAGGGUCCAGGGGGGCCCAGCACCCUUGGCAGAGCCCUGCCCUUGCCCCUGCCCUCCCCCACCCCCCACUCCCUGCAGGAGACGGAGUCUGAGUGGGCUGGGCGGGGUGUGAGAAUAAUCAUAAUACGCAUCAUUUACUGAGUCCCUGCAACGCCUGGGCCUGUCCAAGGAGUUCUCCCCACAUUGUCUCAUUUAACCCUUAGGAGGUAGGCUAGUUAUCCCCACUUUACAUGGGAAACAGAGGCUUGGAGAGGAUAAACAACCUGCAAGACCACCAGGCCGUGGAGACCUGAGGCAGGAUUUGAACCCAGGCCUCUUAAGUUCCUUAACUCUUUACCCAACCAUCUUCCCCCCUUCACAGGAAACUCCGAAAGGGUGGGCACGGAGCUGCGGGGAGGCUGGACUGGCCAACAGGAAGGAGGGCAGGGCCCUGAGCCUUCUCCUUGACCACCCCCUCCCGCCCGGCUUGGGGCCAGGGAGACGCUGAGUAAACUCAUGACAGACCCGUGGACCUGGGGACUGAGAGAGGAGCAUUGGGGUGCGAAGGCCCUCAUACCAAACUGGCCUAGCCUACCACUGCCUCCCAGACUCUCUGAGUCCACCCAUCCCCACCAAGGUCUUCCCGCCCCUGAGCCAGGAGUGGGGAGGAUUUAAUGGUUGUGUGUACCCUCCAGGGCCCAUCACUUGCAUCCCUGCCUUCUCUGGGAAUCUGUGAGGUUGGCCACUCCUGUUACAUGGCAAAUCUAAUGUCUCCUUGGCAAAGUUGAGGAAGGGGGACUGCCUAAGUCCCAGGUUCUGUUGAAGAGAGAUGUGCCUGCUCUCAGGUCUGUGGGCCCAAGCAGCUCUACAACAGACCCCCGGGUCCCCAGGGCCCCAGAGCAGCUGGGACCACAGCCCCCAAGCCACUCAAGGCCUCUCAGGCCACGGGUCCCCUGUGACCCAGACCAACCUGGUGCUCUUCUCUCGCUGGGCCAGGACCCAAACUCAGCGAGGACAACAAACUCAGAGAUUCACAGGUGCUGGCACCACCCUGGGCAUGUCGCCCCUGGCAGCAGGAGCUACCUGUCCCCAGCUCUCUCGUGGUCCUGGGAGGCUCUGCCUGCUCCUGCUGGGCCCUGGUAGCCUCUCCCUGCCCUCAAGGCCCUGACUGCCCCUCGUGAAGCAGGGCUGUUCCCGGGCCAAGGUGUGGCCUCCCGCAGGCCUGUCCUCAUGGAGGGACGGUCAGAGGCGGGCAGGAAGUCUGUAAUGCUCUGAUA